CAGCUCAGAAGAGCAGCAAAGGCGCGGAGAGCUUCGAACUUCGCGUGCAGGGCGAGCCCCGGCGAAGCUGCCGCACAACUGCAUUUCCCAGCAGCAGCAGCUGUCUGGAGAGGGGGCGGGGGGGGGCAGCGCAAGGAGAAGAGGCUCAAAGCCCGUUUAAAAAGAAGCCUAAAAAAGAACAACACCCCCCCCUCGUAACAAGCCAGCCGUCCCCUCCUCUCCUCAGCGGAGAGCAACCUUGGGCCAGCAGCCGCGCCAGCAUCAUGUCUGUGUGGCUCAGCCUCCUCCUCGUGCUCCUCUGCAGCUGGAGCCUGAGCGACUUGGUGGCGGAGGCUUGUACCUGCCUCCCCAUCCACCCGCAGGAUGCCUUCUGCAACUCUGACAUCGUCAUCCGAGCCAAAGUGGUGGGGAAGAAGCUCAUGAAAGAUGGACCCUUUGGAACGAUGCGAUACACCGUCAAGCAGAUGAAGAUGUACAGGGGCUUUGACACGAUGCCACAAGUUCAGUAUAUCUACACAGAAGCCUCAGAGAGUCUUUGUGGGGUCAAGCUAGAGGUCAACAAGUACCAGUAUCUGAUUACAGGCCGUGUGUAUGAAGGAAAGGUUUAUACUGGCCUGUGUAACUUGUAUGAGAAAUGGGACCGACUGACUCUGUCCCAGCGCAAAGGACUAAAUCAUCGUUACCACCUCGGUUGUGGCUGCAAGAUUAAACCCUGCUACUACCUGCCCUGCUUUGUGACCUCCAAGAACGAGUGUCUUUGGACAGACAUGCUCUCCAACAUCGGUCAUUCAGGGUCCCAAUCAAAGCACUAUGCCUGCAUCCGACAGAAGGAAGGAUACUGCAGCUGGUACAGAGGAUGGGCGCCUCCUGAUAAAACUAUCAUCAACGCCACAGAUCCCUGAGCACAGUCCCUUCCCCAUUUCCUUUCCUCCCUCCCUUGUGGCUGAGCUUCUCUUGGACAAUAACUUCUACCAGAUCAUGAUGAUGACAAUGAAAUUAGUGCCUGUUUUCUUUCAAAUUUUAGCACUUCGAACACUUAAAAAAAAGAAAAAGUCUAUGCUGUCAUACUGAAUUUGUUUUUAAUCACUUUUCGAUUCUGAGAUCACCCAUUUCAGUCAGAUUAUAUUUGUCUGGGAACUUUCGUUUGCACACCGGAAAAAAAAUUAUGGAGCCCUUGCUCUCUCUAUGUAUCAUUAUCUAUAGCAAUAUAAUCUAUAUUUUUUUAGGAAAACAAAAAUAUAAAAACUAUCCCAGUUCGGCACUAUAUCAUUCUUCCUUGCCCUGGCUUCCCCAAGCCCUCUUCGCACACUCACUGCACAAAUUAUGUAGACUGAAGCUAUUUGAAGGGGAAACUGGUUUCAUUACCUAGAUCAGUAAAUAAAACAAACAAACCCCUAUUCAAAUCGGGAAUUUUGGAAGUGUGAUUGGCUCCAGAAGUGGGAGAACUCAGUUGGUGUUAAGACACUGCAUCAUCUGAUAAAAGCACCAAGGACUGAAUGUCCUCCUUGCUCAUUCAGUCACAGUGUGAAGGCAAGAGCACACUGGAAGUUCUGGGGUUCCAUAGAACAUAAAGAGAGGUUUAUUAUUAUCAUGAGGUUUUUGAAAUAAAACCUGCAUUCAGGGAGGUAAUUCACCUAAGUACAAUGCAGCAGGUGAAAUGCUGAGCUUCUCUCUUUUAAACAGAGUUACUCCUGAAAUUUUUGCAGUUUAGCUCCUGCAGAAAAAUUCCCUUGUGAACAUCUUAAACCAAACAAAUGAAAAUUAUCAAUACUAAAAAUCAAUCAAUCACUCCCAUGGAGAGGGGGAAAGGGGAGACUCACUAGGGUUUAUUGCUAUAAGAAAUCUAUUGCCAAAAUAGUGUUUAGCUGAAGUAAGAUGUAUAUACACAUAAUGACAUAAGCUAUUUUUGACAGGACGUGGAAUUAUUUGGUGUUAUAAACAAUGAAUGCUUUGAUUGUGUUUUAAAACAGAAAUCUUGACAUUCCGAGUCAGUGAUUUAUUUUUGGUAAAAGAUGUUGAAACUCCAGUGUACCUGCAGUAGUGGUUAGAAUCACUGUUUCAUGCCCUCUUCCCCAACCAUGGCUUACCUCCUACAGCUACACUGGCUGCAGUUGUAUAUGUAGUGAAAGCAAAAGCUGGCAGAGUGAGGCAAGGAAAAGCAACAUCUUGACAGGCACCUCCUAGAACUUUAAAUUUCAGCUGUCCAGUGGAUUCCAAGUGGGUCAAGUGCUCUGUUUCCCCCAAGCUGUUGUUAAUAUAGCUAUGGGCACACGUUUUUUCCACGUCCUGAGGCGACAUGGGGGAAGGGAUGGUCCUGGCUUCACUGUCGACUGGAGGAUUUUUUUGUUCUGUUUUGUUUUUAUUAAGAAAACUAUAAUAUAAAUUUUCUUAUUAAAUAAAAAUAUUUUAAGGUUUAAUGUUGAUGAGGAGGGGUUGCUGACAAAAUGGGUGAUUGUAUAUUUUACCGAGUGUACGGGGGAGGAGGGCAACACUUAACAACAUUAUUUGUGUUUGUUUUUUAUUAUUAUAAUUAUUUAUCUUACAUAGACAUGUAUCUUCAGUUCAUUCCACUUAGGAAGCAGAGCUGCUGUCAGCAAGAAAAGGCAUUGCAGUCAUCCUAGACAGGGACAAUAUAGCAUUCUCUAUGCAGUGAUCUUUUCAAUUUGUUUGAGGCUUCUUCGCCAUUAUGAGACGGGGAAGAGUGUAUUCUAGUGUUGGGAUUGAUGCAGCAAUCAUUUUGGGGCUUCUUUGACUUCAAUGGAGCUAUGCUGAUUUACACCAGUUGAGGAUCUGGCCCAUUUAUAAGCAGACACUUACAGGAGAAUGUAGGUGUUUGGCUUAAAUGGCAUUUUCAUAGAAUCGUUUGGAUUAGAAAGAACCUUGGGUGGAAUCGUCAACAAUGCCUAUGUGGUUUAGGAGCACUCAGCUCACUGAAAGUCAAUGGGGCUUGUGCCUAGGCGCACUUAAAAAUGCCACCCCUUGUCUCUACCCUUAAAUUAUGGACCUGGUCAUCAAAGGCAAUAAGCAUCAUCAAACCCUACUGAUAUCAGGGGGAGAUUAGGUUGCUUUUUAGGAUCAGGUGCUAUAUCAGGCUGCUUCCCUUUUCAGCUGGGCAUCAUCAAGUUGGGCCGUAAGCACAGGGGACCAAUUUCUGCUCUGUUCCAUCUGUGCAACUGCAGAGCUUUCUUAUGCGUCUCUAGCAAUGAUAAUUCCACCAGCACACUUCACAACUUGUGGAGUGACCAUCACUGGAGCUAACCAAGGCCUGACCCAACUACCAUUCGAUCAAAGGUUCUUUAGCAAUCAUUAAACCAUUGAGCACAGCCAUUUCUCCGAGCUUUGGAAGGCGAGAUGAAGCUUGUCAUGCAAUGAGUUGUCAGGCAUUGAUUUGGAUUUCCAUUAAACUGUGGCUCUGUAUUUUACCUGCUCACUGACUGUAUAAUUUAAAAUCAUAUAAAUAGCUGAAACAUUACAGUAUUGCAAUCACA